AUGGAGUUUAAGGACCAAGGCAAGUGGAAGACACUGCAUGGAAUUAAGUCUGGCACAGUGGAGCUAGUUGAUGACAAACAGACUACUAAACUUUUACAAUCUCUGACUGUUGGUCAAAAUCCUUAUCCAUGCACACUGAUGCUUACUUUUGGCAAUCUUAUACAGUUGAAUGCUAUUAGGAUGAAUGAAGCUGACAUAUACAAGAUUGCUUUCAGGAAUCAUGAUGGACACUAUGAGUUCUUGUUGAGAAAGGUGUUUGAGCUUCUGAAGGCUCAUAGGUUGUUCCUUAAAAGAAGUGUGUGUGAAUUUGGGGCGAAUGAGAUUGAAUAUCUUGGGCAUGUAAUCUCUGCUAAUGGAGUGGAAAUGGAUAAGAACAAGAUCUCCAGUAUUAUUGACCGGCCUAUUCCGAAGUUAGUGAAGGAAUUAAGAGAAUUUUUGGGACUUAAGGAGUACUACAGAAGGUUCAUCAGAAACUAUGGACUAUUGGCGAGACCUUUGACAGAAUUGUUGAGAAAGGAUGCCUUCAACUGGAGUGAAACAACUAUGGAGUGUUUUAGAAGAUUGAAGACAGCAAUGACUAUAGUGCCUGUGUUAGCCCUUCUAGACUUUAUUAAAACUUUUAUGGUGGAAACUGAUGCUUCUGGUUUUGGUGUUGGGGCAGUGUUAACUUAA